AUGGAUCUGGACGGAUAUCUGUGGAUGGUGAUUUUCGGCUUUAUCAUCGCCUUCAUUUUGGCCUUUUCGGUGGGCGCCAACGACGUGGCCAAUUCCUUCGGCACGGCGGUGGGGUCCGGCGUGGUCACGCUCAAGCAGGCCUGCAUCCUGGCUUCCAUUUUUGAGACCUUGGGCUCCAUGCUGCUAGGGGCCAAAGUGGGCGAGACCAUCCGGAAAGGGAUUAUAGACGUCAACCUCUAUAAUGACACGGUGCCCGUGCUCAUGGCGGGCGAGGUCAGCGCCAUGAUUGGUUCGGCCGUGUGGCAGCUCAUCGCCUCUUUCCUCAAACUGCCCAUCUCCGGAACCCACUGCAUUGUGGGCGCCACCAUCGGCUUCUCCAUGGUCGCCAUAGGCACCAAGGGUGUCCAGUGGAUGCAGCUGGUUAAGAUCGUGUCGUCGUGGUUCAUCUCCCCUUUGCUGUCUGGACUUAUGUCUGGAGUCCUGUUCCUUCUCAUCAGGAAUACCAUUCUCAACAAGGAAGAUCCCGUCCCCAACGGCCUGCGAGCGCUGCCCCUCUUCUACGCCACCACUAUCGGAAUCAACACUUUCUCCAUCAUGUACACCGGAGCGCCAUUGCUGGGGAUAGAAAUGCUGCCGGUGUGGGCCAUCUUUCUUAUUACAUUAGCCGGAUCGCUGGUGUGCGCCGCUCUCGUCUGGAUAUUCGUGUGUCCCUGGAUGAAGAGGAAAAUAGCAAGUCGUCUGAAGAAGGAGCAGGCUUUAUCCAGAAUCUCUGACGAGAGCCUGGACAAGAUCCCUGAGGAGGAAGAGGAGGGUCCCGUCUUUAAAGAGCUGCCUGGGGCCAAGGGCACAGAUGAGGCUGUGGUGCCGCUGACAGGGGGCAGCAGCGAGCGGAAUGCAAUUGCUGAGUUCCAUACCUCCCCACGUCACAAAUUCCUGUUCUAUUUCGCAGGUCGCACCCACUCAAUGACCAACGGCUGCCUGAAGUCUCCGGUCUCUAACGGCAGCUUUAACUUCGACGGUCACAUGCGUAGCGACGGCCAGGUGUACCACACGGUCCACAAGGACUCGGGCCUGUAUAAAGACCUGCUGCAUAAAAUCCACCUGGGCCGGAUGGACGACAACGAGCGUCCGUCCGGCGGAACCGGCCAGCCCGACAACAACUACCGCCUUCUGCGUCGCAACAACAGCUACACCUGCUACACGGCGGCCAUCUGCGGGAUGCCCGUGCAGCCGCUCAUGCGCACGGAAUCGCGAGACGACAGCGAGAAGCUGGUCGGGGAGGGCGGCGGCGGCGGCCGCAGCAACAGCGUGUCCUACUCCAAGAAGCGCGUGCGCUACGACAGCUACUCGUCGUACUGCAACGCCGUGGCCGAGGCGGAGAUAGAGGCGGAGGAGGGCGGGGUGGAGAUGAAGCUGGCCACCGAGCUGGAAGGGGUGGAGGAAGAAGGGGGAUCCGCGCCGAUGCCUCUGGACGACCUGGCCGAGGAGGAACACGAAGAGAAGGACAAGUCCGAGGUCUUUCUGCUCUUCCACUUCCUGCAGAUUCUCACCGCCUGUUUCGGCUCCUUCGCCCACGGAGGCAACGACGUCAGUAACGCCAUCGGACCAUUGGUCGCGCUAUGGAUGAUAUACGACCAGGGCGGUGUCAUGCAGGAUGCCCCGACUCCCAUCUGGCUGCUUUUUUACGGCGGUUUGGGCAUCUGCGCCGGCCUGUGGGUGUGGGGUCGCCGAGUCAUCCAGACCAUGGGGAAAGACUUGACUCCCAUCACGCCAUCAAGUGGAUUCACUAUUGAACUGGCGUCCGCACUCACAGUCGUGUUGGCUUCCAAUAUCGGAAUCCCUGUCAGUACCACACACUGCAAGGUGGGCUCGGUGGUAGCCGUGGGCUGGAUCCGCUCCAGGAAGGCGGUGGACUGGCGCCUCUUCCGGAACAUCUUCCUGGCGUGGUUCGUCACCGUACCCGUGGCCGGCCUGUUCAGCGCCGCCGUCAUGGCCGUUUUCGUCUUCGGCAUCUUGCCCUACGUGUGA